AUAUAAACACACGGUGAACCUUUAUACUUUAUAGACUAGUGUACUCAGUAUUCUCAUCUCCCACGUUUUUGUUAUUCCUAUACUCAAUACAUUUUUCAUAUUAAACUACUUCUAAAGUCACCACUAUAAAUACCAUUACAUACAAAUCAUUUCCCCAGAAUCUUCACUUCAUUGCAUAAUCUAACACAUCAACAAAAGAAUGGUCCUCUUCGCUUUAUCAACAACUUCUUCUUCUUCCUCAAAGCUAAAACAACAUUCACACCAAAGCUUCUCCGAGUCAUUAAUGGAACACAGUAUCGAAGACGCUGAAAAUAUCAUACACCGAUGGAUUUCACCACCCUCUUCUUCUUCUUGCUGCGUCUCUUCCCUAUUCUCAUCCGCAAACCGCGAAGAAGCCAAACGAUUCAUCAACGCAGUAAACACUUUACAUUCUGGUAUGAUGAGACUUAUCUCAAUAAAUCCAACGUCUACCAAACUAAUCCAAGCUGAGAAUCUAAUGCGUCUCUCAAUGAACCAUCUCUCCAAAGAGUUCUACCGUAUCCUCAAAUCGAAUCGACGCUACCUUGAUCCCGAAUCAGUCUCCAUCCGUUCUUCUUCUUCUUCUUCUUCAAGAACGUCAGACUCUGAUUCUAAAACCAUGGAUGAUCUUAAAAUGAUAGCUGAUUGUAUGACAUCAUCAGGAUACUCUCAAGAAUGCUUCAAGAUAUACAAAAGAAUACGUAAAUCGAUCAUCAUCGAAGCGUUAAACCAAUUCGGAUUCGAGAAUCUAACUCUCUCGCAGAUUCAGAGACUUGAAUGGGAAGUUAUGGAGAAGAAGAUACGUAAAUGGCUAAGAACAAUAACAAGAGCUGUGAAUACUCUGUUUUACGGCGAACGUAUCCUCUCCGAUCACGUCUUCUCUUCAUCGUCGUCGUCGAUUCGUGAAUCUUCGUUUUCUGAAAUCACAUUACAAAGCGCUUUAGCUCUGUUUACUUUACCGGAAAAAAUGGCGAAAUGUAAAAAAUCUCCGGAGAAGAUCUUUCUCACUCUCGAUGUUUAUCAAACCAUAACAGAGCUUUUGCCUAAGAUCGAAGAGAUCUUCAGCUCCGAUUCAACGUCUUCUGUGAAAUCACAAAUCGAUUUAGCUUUAUCGAAUCUUAAAGAAUGUGUGGUUUCGAUGAUCGACGAAUUCGAAUCUUCGAUUUCUAAAGAAUCGUCGAAAUCGUUGAUCUCCGGCGGUGGAAUCCAUCAAUUGACUAGGUACGUUAUGAAUUUCAUCGUCUUCCUCGCUGAUUACAGCGAUUCGCUCUCCGACAUCAUCGUCACCAAAUCGUUACCUUCGCCGGAGGAGGUAGAAAACUCCGGUGGUGAUUCGGAUCCGGUGAAAUCGCGAAUCGCGUGGCUGAUUCUGUUCUUACUCUGCAAAAUCGACGCCAAGUCUCGUCUCUACGACGACGUGGCUCUCUCGUAUCUGUUUCUCAUCAACAACCUCAACUACGUCGUGGUUAAAGUCAGAUCGUCGAAUCUGAAGAUGGUUCUGAGUGAGGAUUGGGUUGAGAAGCAUGAAGCGAAGGUGAAGAAGUACGCGGCGAAGUUUGAGGAGAUCGUAUGGGGAGAGACGAUGGCGUCACUUUCUGAUGAUGUGACGACGACGGCGGAGGAGAGGAUUAAGCGGUUUAGUGAUGGGUUUGAGGUGGCGUAUAAGAGACAAACCGGGUGGGUCGUACCGGAUUCGAAAUUGAGAGAUGAGAUUAAACGGUCUGUUGGGAUGAUGAUUAUACCGAGAUAUUCGGGUUUUUGUGAGAGGAACCGGGUCGGGAUAUGGGGGAAUGUCGGAUUUGCCCCUGAAGAUAUUGGGAAUUAUCUCUCGGAUUUGUAUUUUGGGUCUCGUGUAUCAGGGAGUGUUUCGUCUGUUCAUUCUUCUGAUUCCUAUGUUUGACACACGUGUGAGUUUACUGUGUGAUAAAAUGAUAUUAUUUGCGGUAAUUGUUUUGAUUAGUUUUGCGAUUGCAAUGGAAAACUAUAGUUUAAAAUUGAA